AGAGAAAGGUAGUAAAUAACUAACAGAAGACAGUUGUUUCUAGUGCCUGUUUUUAGCUAAAAUAACGGGGGUUAAUUAUUAAACCUUUUACUUGGUCGCUCACUUGUGCUCCUGAUGCUUUAAUCCUGGGUCACACAAAGUUUAAGAGUGCUUUACAGGGGAGACUCACUUCUUUUUGCCUCAACCUUUCCAUGCUGACGGGAUGUUACGUGCUUUGCUGUUUACACUGUCAGUAGUUGCCAUUGCUCAUGCUGAGCUCUGCAAGCCAGAAGCACAGAAUGCUUUCAAAGUACGGAUUAGUAUCAAAACAGCUUUGGGAGAUAAUGCAUAUGCCUGGGAUGCUAAUGAAGAGUACCUCUUCAAAGCAAUGGUGGCUUUUGCAAUGAGAAGAUAUUCCAGCAAGAGUACAACUCAAAUUUCCAAUGUGCUGCUCUGUAAUGUGACAGACCGGGUGUCCUUUUGGUUUGUAGUCACAGAUUCUUCCAAAAACGUGACAACUGUUCCUGGAAGUGAGGUAGAGGCGGCCAUCAGGAUGAACCGGAACAGAAUCAACAAUGCCUUCCUACUGAGUGACAAAACACUGCAGUUCCUGAAGAUAACCUCAACCUUAUCACCUCCUGUUGAACCCUCUACUCCCGUCUGGCUUAUUGUAUUUGGUGUUGUUCUUUGUCUCAUUGUGGCUGGGAUUGUUUUCCUCGUUGUUUCAGGGAUUCAGAAACACAAGAAAAAGAAUAAAGAGUCAACAGAGAGAGAAAAUUUAGAAGAGAAAGAUGAAGUGACACUAGAAAAUGGGAUUCCUUGUGAAGCACUGGAUUUAAAAGCAGGCCACAUUAAUGGGGUCUUUGCAGCAGAUGAUGAACGGUUCACAUCCCUAUGAAAAGCUGCCACUGCUCCUGGGUGGUUUCCUGAAAGACUCCUUUGCCUGCUCCUGCUCAUUCACUACUCCUGAAUGUCAAACAUGAAGACAAGAAAAACGUCCUUCUACGUAAUUUCCCUUGAGAGAACCUUUUGCUGAUAACACAUACACUUGAACCUCCAUUACAGUUCUUUUUCAUGAGCAACGCAAAUAAGAAGGCCUCAGAUAAUAUCCAUAAAAGAUUUCCGGAAGAUGUGUGGCAGAACAGGGUUGGAACCUGCCUUGUGCUAGACAUCUCAUUUUUAAUGAUUAUUUAAAUAUGUCCAUUGUUUGUUUUUCUCUGACAUAAAUGUGAAACAUCAGUAUUCUUGAAUCUCACUGGUGAGCGCAUCUAUCAUUGCCAAUUCUUGAUGGGUUUUUUUUCAAGCCAUAUGCAAAAGUUUCUCUGUAAAAUUACUUCUGUUUGCUGCUAUGUAGUAUGCCUUUGGAUGGAACAGUCAACAGUGCAUGACAGUUUUCAUAUAUUGAGAAACAAAAAAGAUUUCACAGCCUCUUUAAGACCAGGUCAAAAUACCUGGAUCAUCUAUAGCUCUGGGGCUAGAAAAAAACGGUACUAGAAGUGUUUUUCACUUAACUGUCAAAGUUACAGAUUUUGUGAGCUGGCAAUUAAAAGUUGCAAAACUCUGAAA